CACCUACAACAGCCACCACCAGCAAGAACAACAACACAGCUUUCCACGAUUCAGAGACCACGAUGCAGACAUCAGAGUCUGGGUCAGACACAGGUUCGACUGUGACUUUACAAGCAUCUGUGGCUGGCCAGGCAGCAGUGCCCACACAGGUUGUACAGCAGGUACCAGUUCAGCAACAGGUACAGCAAGUACAGACUGUGCAACAGGUACAACAUGUCUACCCAGCCCAGGUUCAGUAUGUGGAGGGAAGUGACACAGUCUACACAAAUGGAACAAUUCGAACAACUUAUCCUUACACGGAAACCCAGAUGUAUAGCCAAAACACUGGGGGAAAUUACUUCGAAGGAAGUUCUGCACAGGCAACUACAGUGGUCUCCUCUCAUAGUAUGGUGGGCACCGGAGGGAUUCAGAUGGGUGUUGCAGGAGGACAGCUCAUUAGCAACUCAGGAGGGACCUAUCUGAUUGGAAAUUCAAUGGAAAAUUCUGGUCAUUCAGUGACUCAUACAACACGGGCCUCCCCAGCUACAAUUGAGAUGGCGAUUGAGACACUUCAAAAGUCUGAUGGCCUUUCUACUCACAGAAGCUCUCUUCUCAACAGCCAUCUCCAAUGGCUUUUAGACAACUAUGAAACUGCAGAAGGAGUGAGUCUCCCCAGAAGUACCCUUUACAACCAUUACUUACGUCAUUGUCAGGAGCACAAGUUAGAUCCAGUCAAUGCUGCCUCCUUUGGAAAACUCAUACGGUCAAUCUUCAUGGGAUUACGGACCAGAAGACUGGGUACCAGGGGGAACUCUAAAUACCAUUAUUAUGGGAUUCGUGUCAAACCAGAUUCUCCCCUUAAUCGGCUACAAGAUGACAUGCAAUAUAUGGCUAUGAGACAGCAACCCAUGCAGCAGAAACAGAGGUACAAGCCUGUGCAGAAAGUGGAUGGAGUUCCAGAUGGUUUCACAGGAAGUGGUCAACAGACAGGCACAUCUGCUGAACAAACUAUAAUUGCCCAAAGUCAACAUCAUCAACAGUUUUUAGAUGCAUCUCGAGUACUUCCAGAGUUUGGAGAAGUUGAAAUAUCUUCUCUGCCAGAUGGUACUACCCUUGAGGACAUAAAAUCACUGCAAAGUCUUUAUCGAGAACACUGUGAGGCAAUAGUGGAUGUUAUUGUGAAUCUUCAGUUUAGCCUGAUAGAAAAAUUGUGGCAAACUUUCUGGCGCUAUUCUCCCUCUUCUCCAGCUGACGAUGCGGCUAUUAUUGAACUGAGCAAUCUGAGUGAAAUAGAAAGUCGACUUCCAAAAGGAAAACUAAUUACUCUGUGCAAAAAUGAGUCUAUUCUGAAAUGGAUGGGUAACUGUGACCAUGUGAUGUACCAGGCUUUGGUGGAGAUUCUCAUUCCUGAUGUCCUUAGACCUAUUCCUAGUGCCUUGACUCAGGCCAUUCGCAAUUUUGCAAAAAGCCUUGAAGGCUGGCUUUCCAGUGCCAUGAACAAUAUUCCACAAAGAAUGAUACAAAGCAAGGUUGCCACUGUAAGUGCCUUUGCCCAGACUUUGAGAAGAUACACAUCUCUCAAUCACCUGGCUCAGGCAGCUCGGGCUGUGCUUCAGAACACUUCUCAGAUCAACCAGAUGCUCAGUGAUCUCAACCGUGUGGAUUUUGCCAAUGUACAGGAACAGGCUUCCUGGGUGUGUCAGUGUGAUGACAAUGUGGUUCAAAAACUAGAAACAGAUUUCAAGAUGACUCUUCAGCAGCAGAGCACUCUAGAGCAGUGGGCGGCCUGGCUUGAUAAUGUAAUGGUGCAAGCAUUGAAACCAUAUGAAGGAAGACCCAGCUUUCCUAAAGCAGCACGGCAAUUUCUUUUAAAAUGGUCUUUCUACAGCUCAAUGGUGAUUCGAGAUUUAACCUUACGCAGCGCUGCUAGCUUUGGCUCUUUUCAUCUGAUCCGCUUGCUUUAUGAUGAGUACAUGUUUUACUUAGUCGAACAUCGUGUUGCUCAGGCAACAGGAGAAACACCUAUCGCAGUUAUGGGAGAGUUUGGUGAUUUAAAUGCUAUAUCCCCUGGAAAUAUGGAUAAAGAUGACGGCAGUGAAAUUGAAAGUGAAAUAGAAGAAGAGAUGGAUGAAAAUGGAGAGCCACAAGCCAAGAGGGAGAAAACAGACUUAAACCAAACAUUUCAGGUGGGCUGCUUGCAGCAGCCAGUGCUUGAGAGUGGAAUAGAGCAGAGCCUCCUGAACCCAAUUCAUAAUGAGCACAUUGUUACAAAUACUCAGACUAUCAGACAAUGCAGUGCUACUGGAAAUACAUAUACUGCAGUCUAAUAUUGA